AUGAUAGAAAGUUGUGAAACAAAUCAUGAAGAUCCAAAAUGGAAGCCACAAAACUCUCCACAGCUUACAGAAAGAUCGGAGGAAUCCAAAAUGGAAGCCACAAAACUCUCCACAGCUUACAGAAAGAUCGGAGGAAAGCCGUUGCAGUAUUAUGACAUGGUGCUCCUACCUCUCCAAAAUGUAUUAAUACCUUGUAAAUUACCACUCCCAUCACAUGAGAGAGAGACAGAGACAGAGACAGAAAAACAAGCCAUGAAGACUUCAGGAUCCUUUCUAGUGUUAGUUGUCUUCCUCAAUCUCUGUUAUGCUGCUACAUUGAUCAAUGCAUCUGUACACGAUGAUAGAAAGACAUAUAUAGUAUACAUGGGAGAUCUGCCUAGUACUACUACUCAUACCAGCCUCUCUGCUGUGGACGAACACGACAGCCUUCUUUUAGAAGCAAUUGGAGAUGAGAAGAUAGCCAAAGGAUCGAAGAUACACAGCUAUGGAAGGAGCUUUAAUGGGUUUGUGGCAAAGCUAUUGCCACAUGAAGCAACUAGAUUAGCUGAAAAAGAGAAUGUUGUAUCAGUGUUUCCAAACACUGUGCGGGAAUUGCACACCACAAGAUCAUGGGAUUUUUUAGGAAUGCAUGAGAAAGUGAGAAGGAAUGAUAAAGUUGAGAGCAAUCUUAUAAUUGGUAUCUUAGAUACAGCUCAAACCCCAAGUGGGAUUCAGUCCCAUCUCCAGACUGAUCUCGUCACAUACCCCAAACACAGCUCCACCCAAGCCCUUCCCUAUGGUUGGCGCCCAGCGAUCGGCAGGCAAUUUCGAUGUGGAAUUUGGAUAAAGUCACCCAGUUUUAGUGAUGUGGGCUACGGACCUCCUCCAUCCAAAUGGAAGGGCAAAUGUACAAAUGGAACUAACUUCAUUGGAUGCAACAAUAAGGUCAUCGGAGCAACAUACUACAACCUGGACAGCGGCCCGGUAGAUGAUCUGAGUCCAGUAGACAACGACGGCCAUGGCACACACACUUCUUCCACUGCUGCCGGCAUACCUGUCAAGGGUGCAAGCUUGUAUGGCAUAGCAGAAGGGACUGCACGUGGAGGAGUCCCUUCUGCUCGUAUUGCAAUGUACAAAGUAUGUUGGGGUGUUGGUUGCACCGACAUGGAUCUCUUAGCUGGCUUCGAUGCUGCUAUUGCCGAUGGAGUCGAUAUUAUAUCGAUCUCUAUAGGUGGAACACCUAGACAAUUCUUUGAAGAUCCUAUCGCCAUUGGAAGCUUCCAUGCCAUGAAGAAUGGAAUCCUCACUUCUUGCUCGGCAGGGAAUUCAGGGCCUGACUUUGCAUCCAUCCAAAAUGUCGCGCCAUGGAUCAUGACAGUGGCUGCAAGUAGCAUCAAUCGACAGUUCAAGACCACUGUUAAAUUGGGUAAUGGACAGAAUGUGUCUGGAAUUUCCAUCAACACAUUCUCACCCAAAAGACAAAUGUAUUCUCUAACCAAUGGAGCCCAUGCAGCAAAUUACAGUGACGGAAUAUAUGGAAAUGUCAGUGCAUGUGAUUGGGGAACUCUGAGCAAGAGUAUGGUAAAGGGGAGGAUCAUCUACUGUCUUGGAACUAGUGGCCAGGAUUCCACCAUCAGAGAUUUGGGUGGGGAAGGAAUCAUCAUGGCAGAUGACAACUCAGACUUAGCCUUCCCCUUUCUUAUUCCAGCAACUAUAAUGACUGUUACUGAAGGAACCAGGAUCGACCAAUAUAUUAACACCACUAAAACAGCCAGAGCUGUCAUAUACAAGUCAACAACUGUUAACAUGACUGCCCCUUUUGUGGCUUCUUUCUCUUCCAGAGGACCCCAGUUAAUCACUCCCAACAUCCUCAAGCCUGAUAUAACUGCACCAGGGCUGAGCAUAUUAGCUGCAUAUUCAGAGUUGGCAUCUAUAACAGGAAACCAGGAUGACAAUCGGUUUGUGAAAUUCAACAUAAUAUCUGGAACAUCAAUGGCUUGCCCUCAUGCCGCAGGCGCUGCUGCCUAUGUCAAGUCCUUCCAUCCAGACUGGUCGCCUGCUGCAAUCAAGUCUUCUCUUAUGACCACUGCAAAAAGAAUGAAGAUCAAGCAGCGGGGUGGUGCACUAGGCUCCGGCUCAGGCCAAAUAAAUCCAACAAGAGCAAUAGAUCCAGGCCUCGUGUAUGACAUUCAGAUGAGUUCCUACCUUAGUUUCCUCUGCAGGGAAGGUUACAACAGCAGCACCAUCCGCCUCCUCACUGGCGGCAAGAAGCUAUACAACUGCUCCAGCUUCAAGCCUGCCCAAGGAACUGAUGGCCUCAACUAUCCCUCCAUGCAUACCCAAGUUGCAAGCGGUAAUUCCAGCAUUUCAGCAGUAUUUUAUCGGACAGUGACUAAUGUAGGAUAUGGCAAUUCAGUCUACGUAGCGAGAGUGAAGUUGCCUAAAGGUCUUGAUGUUACAGUUGUCCCCAAAACUUUGUCAUUUAAGCGGCGGCAUCAGAAGAAAUCGUUCAAGGUUGUGUUGAGAGGAAAAUUUAUGAAUGAUAGGGCUUGGAUCUUGUCAGCAUUGUUAGAGUGGAGUGACUCUAAGCACACGGUUAGGAGUCCUAUCCUUGUGUGUCGGUCAACAACAUUUUAGCAUAGUUUAGGUUUAGGGCCAUGCUUGCUAGAUACACACAUUGCCCAAACAUGGCCUUGUGUUUGUUUUCACUUAUUUCCUAUUCUUUGUUUCUUGUAAUUAUAGGAUUAAUAAUAGUUGAGAAAUUUGGAUUCUUUUCAGACUA